AAAAUGCCUAUACAAAUGGAAGGUAAAAAAGUAAAGAAGACUCUACCCCUACAGAGAAGCUCCAAACCUCCCACUAUUGAUCUGUCACGUGAUAAAGUGUUAGAUGAUCCUUUCCCUCUCGUCUUCGAGAAAUCGGUCCUGAAAUCAGAGCCACCAGGGCUGACAGAACCGCGGGGGGCACCCAACAACGAUAUAUCGUACAUGGCCCAGGACUACGCCAAACAGAUACUUGAGAUUAUGAACGAUUUGAGGAAGAUAAAGAAGUUUUGCAAUGUGGUGCUUAUUGUUAAUGAUGCUGAGAUACUGGCCCACAAGUCAGUGCUAGCUGCUAGCUCCACCUUCUUUCGUGCUAUGUUCGAGAGUAAACAAGCGGAGAAUCAGAGUGCAUCUGUUACUAUAUCCGGUAUAUCCGAGACAAUAGUGGUGCAGCUGAUAGAGUUUGCAUACACUGGUAAUAUUGCAGUGGGUAAAGAAAACGUGAAGGACCUUCUGAGCGCAGCCAGUUCACUAAAGUUUCUUCCUGUCCGGGAUGCUUGCUGUGAUUUCCUUCACCGUCACUUUAGUGCCAGCAACACUGUGGGGAUACGCUACUUUGCGUUGCUGGAGGACUGUUCAGACUUGGUCCAGAAAUCGGAGGACUUUAUUGCCCGUAACUUUACAGACGUAGCGAAAAGUGAGGAGUUCUUCAUGUUGUCGUACAACCAAGUGUGUGAGAUAAUAAACCUUCAGAAGUACCCUUUCAGAAACGAACAAGUUGUGGCUAUUGCCUUGUUUUGUUGGAUACAUCAUGAUCUAGACGCUAGAAAACACUUCUUCAAAGAUCUGUUUAAACUGAUAAAGCUGGACAUGUUGCCCGCCCCCUUCAUAAUGACAAGUUUAACCCACAACGUGAUGGUUAACGACUGCCCAGAGACGAAGGAAGCGGUUCUUUUAACGGUUGCUAAACUCAAACUUCUCUCAGAAGAUGUCUCAAAGGUAACACUAGACAGCGUACUGGGGACAGAACCCACAAUAAUCCAGCCAGUAGCUGUUCUACCUAAACGAAGGAACUGCAGUCCGCCCACUAGGAAGCGGAACAACAGUCACAUUUCAUCACCCAGAGCUCCCCCAAAAAUAACUCUCGAUAAUGGAUCCGCCUUUAAACGGAAAACACCCAGUAAAAUCCCAGUAACAGUUGGUGAAGUAACCAGUGCAGUGCAUACCUCCGACUCUCACAGCUCCAGAGAUCACCUCAGGACACUGCGAGAUAACGGGGGGACAAAACGAGAUCAUCUGUCAGUAAGGGAUCACGUGACCAAGAGGGAUCACCUGACGGGGGAUGUUGAUCAGAAGAGACAGGGAGAGUUUGUUAGGGGUUGUGGUAACGCUAUGUUCGUUGUUGGGGGCGCGUGUAACGUUAACAUGACAGAUGCUAUAAACAAAGUAGAGUACUACAACCCCACGCUGGACAAGUGGUACGAGGCAGGUCCUCUGAAGAAGAGUAGAAGUCUGGUGGGAGUUACUGUUCUUAGGGGGACACUCUACGCUGUAGGAGGGUUUGACGGUAUCUCCCCAAUUGACACAGUAGAAUGCUACAACCAGUCCACCAACACGUGGAGUAGUAUGGGGAGGAUGAUCUCAGCUAGAAGGGGAGCUGGGGUUACUAAUCUUAACGAUAAGAUAUACGCUGUCGGGGGUUAUGAUGGCACUAAAUUAUUGAGUCAGUGUGAGGUGUACCACGACAAUACCAACAGUUGGGAGCCCAUUGCUACACUCCAAACCUGCAGAUUUGCACUCGGAGCUGCAUCCCUCGAUAAAAAAAUCUACGCUGUUGGCGGGUUUGACGGGCUAUCCCACUUGUCUACAGUUGAGAUGUAUGACCCUUAUUCGAACUCUUGGAAUAACGUCGCUUCUAUGAGCAUGAGCAGGUAUGCGGUAGGGGUUACAUCACUCAACAAUUGUAUCUAUGCUGUAGGAGGAUUAGAUGGUACACGACCUCUAGCAACAGUAGAAAGGUACGACCCUCGUGCUGAUAAGUGGAGCGCAGUUGCUGAGAUGGACACUCAAAGAGCUGGUGUUGAUGUCGCAGUUCUUAAUGAGGACCUCUAUUCUGUGGGCGGUAUUCUGGGAUCCUCACCUCUGCAAACUGUGGAGAAGCUGGAUAUUCGAGCUAACAAGUGGGUUUACGUCGCAGAAAUGAGCAUUCCACGCGUUGAUGCCGGGGCAGGAUCCAUUUCCCUGCUGUAGUGUGACGUCAUCUAAUACAACCGUGACGUCAUUUAUACAACUGUGACGUCAUCAUUUCCCCUGAUGUAAUGUGACGUCAUUUAUACGACUGUGACGUCAUUUCCCAGCUGUAAUUUGACGUCAUUUAUACAACUGUGACGUCAUUUCCCUGCUGUAAUGUGACGUCAUCUAUACAACUAUGACGUCAUUUAUACAACUAUGACGUCAUCAUGCAACUAUGACGUUAUCAAAUGUCUCGGGAAAUAAAAAGCUUCGACUUUUUAGCUUUGUGGUUUACGACGAGAUCGUAUUCUUUUUGAGGAUAGUGAUAAGACGUUAUUUGGAAAUGACUAUUGUACGAGUCAGCUCCGAAGGUUUAUCAGUUAUUGUUUACAGCUAUAUUGGCAUUAUACCAUCUGUAAUCAAUGCUGUUUUUAAUAGUUCAGUGGUAGUUAUAGAAUUAAUUAAAAGAUUCUACGUAAUUGAAAAUUUAAAGUUAGAUUGUUAGAUUAUUACUAAAUCCAAUCACUCUAUGUUGAUCUAAAUUUUGAUCUGUUUUAUAUUUUGAAGUUUUAAAAGUAGAUUUAAUUGAUAAGCAGUCCUUUGAUUGGCAUAUCAUGCCGCAUAAGAUCAAAAUUGAAUUCAAAAUAUUGGUUGAUUUAUUCGAUUAGUUCAUUUUAAAUGUAUCAAGUUAACAAUCAAAAUCUAUUGACAGAAAAGGCCCUAAAUCCCAAUACAACUUCAUGGAAUUACGGGAAUUAUUAAGUUAUACUUAUGCAUGCAGCAAAUUGCGGACGAUAUAUUUAAUUUUUUACUAUUAUUUAUGAAAAUUUAUUGCGAUGUAUUAUAACUGCAUGAUAAUGGAAUUAACGUUAAAACCGA